UUCAAGUGAUUCUCCUGCUUCAGCUUCCUGAGUAGCUGGGAUUACAGGCACCUGCCACCACGCCUGGCUAAUUAUUUUGUACUUUUAGUAGAGACGGGGUUUCUCCCUGUUGACCAGCCUGGUUGGUCUCAAACUUCUGACCUCAGGUGAUCCACCCGCCAAGGCCUCCAAAGUGCUGGAAUUACAGGCGUAAACCACCGUGCCCAGCCGACCCAGCUAUUUUUUAUUUUUUUGAGACCGAGUCUUGCCCUGUUGCCCAGGCUGGAGUAUAGUGGCAUGAUCUCUACUCACUGCAACCUCUACCUCCUAGGGUAAAGCAAUUCUCCUGCCUUAGCCUUUAGAGUAGCUGGGAUUACAGGCGCCUGCUGCUAUGCCCAGCUAAUUUUUUGUUUUGUUUUGUUUUUUGCAAACAGAGUCUCACUUUGUUGCUCAGGCUGGAGUGGAGUUGCACGAUCUUGGUUCACUGCAACAACCGUUUUCCAGGUUCAAGCGAUUCACCUGCCCUAGCCUCCUGAGUAGCUGGGAUUACAGGCAUGCACCACACAUAUGGCUAAUUUUUGUAUUUUAAGUAGAGAUGGGGUUUCACCAUGUUGACCAGACUGAUCUCAAACUCCUGACCUCAGGUGAUCCACCUGCCUUGGCCUCCCAAAGUGCUGGGUUUACAGGUGUGAGCCACUACACCCGAACAAUUUUUUGUAAUUUUAGUAGAGAUGGGUUUUCACCAUGUUGGUCAGAUUGGUCUCGAACUCCUGACCUUGAGAUCCAACCUCCUGGACCUCCCAAAGUGCUGGGAUUCUAGGACUGAGCCACCGCGCCUGGCAAUUUCACCUUUAAAAAGGAGCUAGCCGGCCGGGUGCGGUGGCUCACGCCUGGAAUCCCAGCACUUUGGGAGGCCGAGGCGGGCAGAUCACGAGGUCAAGAGAUCGAGACCAUCCUGGCCAACAUGGUGAAACCCCAUCUCUUAAAAAUACAAAAAUUAGCCGUGUGGUGGUGCGCGCCUGUAGUCCCAGCUACUCAGGAGGCCAAGGCAGGAGAAUCGCUUGAACCUGGGAAGCGGAGGGUGCAGUGAGCCGAGAUCGCGCCACUACGCUGGGCCCUGGCGACCAAGACUCAGUCUCGAAAAAGAAAAAAAAAAAGAGGGGGGCGGGGCGGCUAGCCUAGGGCGUUAAGAGUCUAAAUUUUAAUUCUGUCAACAACUGAUUAGGUAACUUAGUGAAAUCACGUCCUCCACUGCGAAACUGGGCUGUAGGACAGAAGUUCAAAUUCCCGGGUUGGCUUUCAAUCCCACAGUAUGGUGGUUCCACCUCCUGCGAGUUCGCCAAGGGAGGCAUUUUGGCCCUCUCGACUCACCGUCCGCGCAGCCUCCUAAGCAGCCGUAAACUCCGCCCCUUGCGCUCAGGACGGCGCGAAAACCCAAUUGACAAGAAUUCCCUCCGAAGCUCUGUGGCCCGAUCUGCGUUCCGCUUGCUUUCCCCUCCCCGGCCUGGGUCCCGAGCGCUCAUCCUGGAGCGCUGGUUUUGAGUGCACCCUGCAUACACUGGCCGCUCCUCAGGGAUCUCGCAGCCCGCGCUUUCUCGCCGCCUUUUUCCGUGUUCGACUCGGCUGAUCUGGGCCCAUCCUCCUCGCCGGCUCUCUGUCGGUGGGCGCGGGGAAUCCGAGACGGCUCAGCAGAAUCCCAGCAACUCGCUCCUAUUGGAGCGGGCCGCCUCCAUGGCCUCUAGGCAGGCCGGGCUGGACCGCAUAAGGUCUUAGGAGCCGGGAUUCCGGGAAGCGGGGAGUAUGGUGGGGGUCCUGGCCAUGGCGGCUGCAGCUGCUCCCCCUCCGGUGAAGGACUACGAGAUUGAGCCAUGCAAAAAACGAAGGAAAGAUGAUGACAGAUCUUCCUGUAAAACAAUUACAAAAUAUUUAUCACCACUAGGGAAGACUGGAGACAGGCUUUUUGCUCCACCAAAACCUAGUAAUAUUCUGGAUUAUUUUAGAAAGACCUCACCCACAAAUGAGAAGACACAAUUAGGGAAAGAGUGCAAGAUAAAGUCAUCUGAAUCAUUACCUGUUGACAGCAGCAAAGAUUGUAAGACACCUUUGGAAAUGUUCUCAAAUGUAGAGUUUAAGAAGAAAAGAAAGAGGGUUAAUUUAUCUCAUCAACUAAAUAAUAUUAAAACUGAAAAUGAAGCUCCAAUUGAAAUUAGUAGCGAUGAUAGCAAAGACGACUGUAGUUUAAAUAAUGAUCUUGUGGAAAGUAGUACUUCUGUUUUACAUUACAAGAAACAAGUAGAGGUACGUGGAGAAAACAUUCAAGAUAUAAAAAGUCAGCCAAAUACUGUGAGCUCCCUGCAAAAUUCUAAAAAAGUAAAUCUUAAACAAGGGACCACAAAAAAUGACUUCAAAAAGUUGAGAAAAAGGAAGUGCAGAGAUGUAGUAGAUCUAUCUGAAAGCUUACCCUUGGCAGAGGAACUAAAUUUGCUUAAAAAAGAUGGUAAAGAUAGUAAACAGGUGGAGAAUACUACAAGUCAUGCAAACUCUAGAGAAAAUGUAACUGAAGCAGCCCAGUUGAAUGAUAGUAUAAUAACUGUCUCAUAUGAGGAAUUUUUAAAAAGUCACAAGGAAAAUCAAGUGGAAGAGAUACCAGACUCUACAGUGUCAAUUUGUGUUCCUUCUGAAACUGUUGAAGAAGUAGUAAGAAGUGGUUAUGCAGGUGAAUCAGAAAACUCUGAAAUUUCCCAGCAGGUACGCUUUAAGACAGUUACUGUUCUUGCACAGGUUCACCCUAUUCCCCCCAAAAAGAUAGGGAAAAUACCCCCAAUUUUCUUGAAACAAAAGCAAUUUGAAAUGGAAAAUAGUUUAUCUGAUCCUGAGAAUGAACAGACAGUUCAGAAAAGAAAAUCUAAUGUUGUUAUACAGGAGGAAGAAUUAGAAUUGGCUGUGUUGGAAGCUGGAAGUUCUGAAGCUGUGAAACCAAAAUGCACCCUAGAAGAAAGACAGCAAUUUAUGAAAGCAUUUAGGCAGCCGGCAUCAGAUGCACUUAAAAAUGGAGUUAAAAAGUCUUCUGAUAAGCAGAAAGACCUUAAUGAAAAAUCUCUACGUGAAGAAGGAAGAGAUGACAAUUCUAAAAAAAUCAUGGAAAAUUCUAGUAUCCAAAUGGUUUCAAAAAAUGGCAAUUCACGGUCACACACUGAUAAAGGAACUUUUCCAAAGGAGAAAAGUAAAAAGCUAAAGAAGAAUAAGAAAACAUUAGAUACUGGGGCUAUUCCAGCUGAAAACAUAGAGGGAAACACUCAAAAGAAAGAAACAACCUUUUACUUAAACGAGAAACAGUAUCAAAAUAGAAUGACUUUAAGACAAAAGAAAACAGAAUUUUUCAAAAGCAGCACUUUAUUUGACAAUGAAAGUCUUGUUAGUGAAGAUAUAGCAAAUGAUGACCUUCUGAAGGUUUCUUUUCUGUGUAACAAUAAUAAAUCGUCAAGAAAAACCAGCAUACCAGUUAAAGAUAUUAAGGUUACACAUUCUAAGGCUGAAUCUGAAGACAGCUUGCUAAAUGUUUCCACACCCAAGUCAACCAGAAGAUCUGGAAGAAUUAACAGUAUACCUACUAUAGAAACCAUCAGAGGUAUUGAUUCUGAAGAUGUACAAGAUAGCAGUCCAAUAAAGGCUUCCACUCCCAAAGCAGCCAACUUACCGGAGAAGCAUAGCUUAUACACAGCGGAAUUAAUAACAGUACCCUUUGAUUCAGAGAGCCCUAUUAGAAUGAAAUUCACCAGAAUUAGUACUCCCAAAAAAUCCAAGAAAAAAUCCAACAAAAGAUCUGAGAAAUCUGAAGCAAGUGAUGGAGAUUUUAUUUCUCAGACUAGAAAGGCAAGCAGUGCUUCCAAAAACAUAUCAAAAGCAAAACAAUUGAUUGAAAAAGCAAAAGCUUUACACAUCAGUAGGUCAAAGGUAACUGAAGAAAUAGUGAUUCCCUUAAGGCGCUCCUCUAGGCAUCAGACACUUUCUGAAAGGAAGAAAUUGUCUGAAACAGAAGACUCAGUUAUAAUAAUAGAUUCAAGUGCUACUUCUUUAAAGCAUCCGGAGAAAAAUCAGAAGAAACUUCAGUGUUUAAAUGAUGUGCUAGGAAAAAAACUUAACACAGCCACUAAAGAUGUACCUGGAAAAAUGAAAGUUGCUCCUUUAUUUCUUGCAAGAAAAGCACAAAAAGCAGCGGAUCCUGUCCCUAGUUUUGAGGAAAGCAGUCAAGAUACAUCUGAAAAAUCUCUGGAUUGUGAUGUUCAAUGUAAAGCAAAGCGUGACUUCCUAAUGAGUGGUUUGCCAGAUUUGUUGAAACGUCAAAUUGCAAAGAAAACUGCUGCACUGGAUGUGUACAAUGCAGUGAGUACAAGCUUCCAGAGAGUCGUUCAUGUGCAACAAAAGGAUGAUGGGUGCUGUUUGUGGCAUUUGAAACCACCCCCUUGUCCUCUCUUAACUAAAUUGAAAGAACUGAACACUGAAGUAACAGAUCUCUCAAAAUGUGUUAUUGCUUUUGGUGAAUUUUCUACAUUGAAUUCAAAGUUGAAAAGCAGUAAUUCUGCUGCUGUGUUCAUGAGGACAAGGAAGGAAUUUACCAAAGAAGUAAGAAAUCUUUUGCUUGAGGAAAUUAGGUGGUCAAAUCCUGAAUUUUCCUUGAGAAAAUAUUUUCCCUUACUUCUACAAAAACGAAUUGAGCACCAAGUACUUUCUUCUGAGUGUCAUAGUAAACAAGAACUAGAGCCAGAUGUCAACCAUAAAGAAACCAAAAGGAAACGAUUGGAAGCAGAAAAUUCUAAGUCAAAAAGAAAGAAACCAAAUGAGUAUUCAGAAAAUCUGGAAAAGUCCAAUAGGAAGUCAAAAGAACUUGGCAAAAAAAACAACUCUUCUGGGAUAAAGCGAGAUUCUUCCAAAGAUUCUGGAACUGAAGACAUGCUUUGGACAGAAAAGUAUCAACCUCAGACUGCCAGUGAACUUAUAGGAAAUGAGUUAGCUAUAAAAAAGUUACAUAGUUGGUUGAAAGACUGGAAAAGAAGAGCUGAAUUGGAAGAAAGACAAAAUCUGAAGGGAAAAAGAGAUGAGAAACAGGAAGAUGUCUUGGGUAGCAUAGACUUCAAAGGCAGUUCAGAUGAUGAAGAAGAGAGUCGUCUUUGCAGUACUGUCCUUAUAUCAGGGCCAACAGGAGUGGGAAAAACUGCUGCAGUGUAUGCUUGCGCCCAGGAGCUUGGGUUUAAGAUAUUUGAAGUCAAUGCCUCUUCCCAGCGCAGUGGUAGGCAAAUUCUAUCUCAAUUGAAGGAAGCUACUCAGUCCCAUCAAGUAGACAAACAAGGUGUAAACUCACAAAAACCCUGUUUUUUUAAUAGCUACAAUAUAGGCAAGUCACCAAAAAAAAUAAGUUCGCCUAAGAAAAUUGUUACAUCACCAAGAAAAGUUCCUCCACCAUCACCAAAAAGUAGUGGACCAAAGCGAGCACUUCCUCCCAAAACCUUGGCAAAUUAUUUUAAAGUAUCUUCCAAACCUAAAAAUAAUGAAGAAAUAGGAAUGCUUCUGGAAAAUAAUAAAGGAAUAAAAAAUUUUUUUGAACAGAAACAGAUUACUCAGAGUAAAUCUACAAAUGCAACUAAUUCAAAUGUCAAAGAUGUUGGAGCUGAAGAACCCAACAGAAAAAAUGCAACAUCUCUUAUUCUUUUUGAGGAGGUUGAUGUAAUCUUUGAUGAAGAUGCUGGGUUUUUGAGUGCCAUCAAAACAUUCAUGGCAACAACUAAACGACCUGUAAUCCUUACUACAAGUGAUCCAACAUUUAGUUUAAUGUUUGAUGGCUGCUUUGAAGAAAUCAAGUUCAAUACUCCUUCCCUGCUAAAUGUUGCCAGCUACCUACAAAUGAUUUGCUUAACUGAGAAUUUUAGAACUGAUGUAAAAGACUUUGUAACCUUGUUAGCUGCAAAUAAUUGUGAUAUCAGAAAAAGUAUCCUUUACUUACAUUUCUGGAUUAGAAGUGGAGGCGGAUUUUUGGAAGAAAGACCAUUAACCCUUUAUCGAGGAAAUAGCAGAAAUGUACAACUAGUUUGCUCUGAAGAUGGCCUUGAUAACAAAAUUCACCCUAAAAAUACUAAAAGGAAACGUGCAGACCUUCCGAAAUGUGACAGUGGCUGUGCUGAGACCUUAUUUGGCCUUAGGAACAUUUUUUCCCCAUCUGAAGACUUAUUUUCAUUUUUAAGGCACAAAAUCACAACGAAGGAAGAAUGGCAUAAACUCAUCCAGCUUCUUACUGAAUUCCAAAUGCGGAAUAUAGAUUUUUUAUAUAAUAAUCUUGAGUUUAUUCUGCCAUUACCAGUUGAUAUCAUUCCAGAAACAAAAAACCUUUGUGGCUCAUCAGUAACUGUGGAUACUAGUGGAGCAACAAAAAGUAUGAAAUGUCUUGGUAGGAAACAUUCUGAAAGAGAACAGUCAUUGAAAAAGUCAAAGAAAAAGAAACAAAAGAAAAAAUUGGUAAUAUUAGAUGAUAGUGACUUAUUCGACACUGACUUGGCCUUUCCUGAUGAAUUUAUUAGCCUGUCCCCUGUGUCGUCUUCCUCAAAUUCAGAAGAAAACAAAGCCAGAGACAAAGGAAGCAAUCCAGAGACAAAGAAAUCUAUUUCUUGUCCUCCCAGAACACCUGCAGGAAAAAAAAGUUCUCUCCUUGUUUCUCAUUGUUUAAAUUCUCUCUCUGAAUUCAUGGAUAAUAUGUCCUUCUUAGAUGCCCUUUUAACUGAUGUAAGGGAACAGAAGGAAUACGGUAGAAAUGACUUUAGCUGGACAAAUGGAAAGGUUAAAAGCGGACUUUGUGAUGAGUUUAGUCUUGAGAGUAAUGAUGGAUGGCCUUCUCAAAGCUCUGGAGAAUUAAAGGCAGCUGCAGAAGCUCUCAGCUUUACUAAAUGUUCUUCUACUAUUUCAAAAGCAUUGGAAACCUUGAAUUCUUGCAAGAAAUUGGGAAAAGAUCCAACCAACGAUCUUACUUUUUAUGUUUCACAAAAGCGCAAUAAUGUAUACUUUAGUCAAUCAGCAGCUAACUUAGACAAUGCUUGGAAGAGGAUAGCAGUCAUUAAAAGUGUAUUUUCUAGUCGAUCUCUUCUCUAUGUGGGAAAUAGACAAGCUAGUAUAAUCGAAUACCUGCCAACCCUGCGAAACAUCUGUAAGACUGAGAAGCUAAAAGAACAAGGAAAAAGUAAAAGAAGAUUCCUGCACUAUUUUGAAGGAAUUCAUCUUGACAUUCCAAAAGAGAUUGUGAAUACUUUGGCAGCUGACUUCCCUUAAUGUUCCAUACUAACAAUGCUUUGUAUAGAUUAUUAUGUGGUUCUUAAGAUACAUUUUUAUAUUAUGUGGAUCUUCAUGGAAAAGUUUAUUUCUCAAUGUACAUUUUAAACAAUUUGUAUAUUUUUUAUUGGUAUGCAAAUAUUUAAAAUAUUUGAGUUACAAAUUGUAUAUAUGAUUGUGGUAAUUUUUUUUCUGAAUUUUUUUGUAUUAUCUGACUUAGCUUUGUUGGAGUAUUUUUUGUAUGUGAGCAAACUGUUUCUGAAAGGUAGAGUUCAUUAAGAUGAACUCUAUUUCAAGUGUUUCUAUUAUAUAUUAGUUUAAUAUUCAGAUACAUUAUCUUGGCUGGUCCAGUGGUAGUGGGUUAUCAAAACUUACUAACAUUAGUGUCACUAAAGUUGGUAUACAACCCCCACUGCUAAAUUUGACUGACUUUUCAAAAAAAAAAAUCGUAAUAAAUAAAACAAAGACAUUAUCUGGUGAAUUAUAUUUUUAACACAGAAGUUAAGGAUCCUAAUAUUGUACAGUGUUUUUUUUUUUUUGAGAAGAACUCUUGCUCUGUCACCCAGGCUGGAGUGCAGUGGCCUGAUACCGGCUCACUGCAACCUCUACCUCCUGGGUUCAAGUGAUUCUCCUGCCUCAGCCUCCUGAGUAGCUGGGAUUACAGUCACGCACCACCAUGUCCAGCUAAUUUUUAUAUUUUUUUAGUAGAGAUAAGGUUUCACUAUGUUGGCCAGGCUGGUCUUGAACUCCUGACCUCAAGUGAUCAAUCUGCCUCAGCCUCCCAAAAUGCUGGGAUUACAGAUGUGAGCCACUGUGCCCAGCCUAUAUUGUAUAGUUUUGAACAGUAUAGAUGCAUACCUGUUUAUAAAUGUGUAUGAAGACAGAUGUUUUUACCUCUUACUUAUUCAGUUUACCUUUUCUUGUAUUAAUUAGUAUAUUGAGCUAAUUAAAAGUUAAAACUAAAGGCUUUAUAAAAUAUUU